AUGUCUCAACUUAGCUACGCCCGCUACGGCAAGGACAAUGUCCGCCUGUACAAGGUCGACAAGGAUCACAAGACUGGCAUUCACACUGUUGUGGAGCAAACAGUUCGUGUUCUGCUUGAGGGAGACAUAGAGACCUCCUACACGCAAGCAGAUAAUUCGGUCAUUGUUGCCACAGACACACAAAAACAGACCACGUACAUCCUCGCUAAGCAGCAUCCCAUCGACCCCCCAGAGCAGUUUGCCGCUGUCAUUGGCGACCACUUCAUCAAGACCUAUCCACACAUCCACGCCGCGCAUGUCAAGAUCAUCCAACACCGAUGGACCCGCAUGACCAUUGACGGCAAGCCACAUCCUCACUCUUUCUUCCGCGAUGGCGACGAGACACGCGUUAUCGAAUCAGUCACACGGGAGGGCGAGGGUUUCUCCAUUCGAUCCAAAAUCGAAAAGCUGCUUGUACUCAAGAGCACUGGGUCAGCAUUCCACGGCUUCCAUCGCGAUGAGUUCACCAAGCUGCCUGAGACCUGGGACCGCAUUCUCAGCACUGAGAUUGAGGCUGGUUGGCAAUGGAAGUUGUUCAAGACCCUUGCGGAGGUCAGGGAGGUAGACUUUAAUGCUGCCUGGAAAGCUGCACGGGAUAUCACAUUAAAGGUGUUCGCCGAGGACGAUAGUGCCAGUGUACAAGCCACCAUGUACAAGAUGUGCGACAAGAUCCUCGCUGCUGUUCCUCUAGUCGAGGCUGUCGACUAUUCUCUUCCCAACAAGCACUACUUUGAGAUUGACCUUUCAUGGCACAAGGGCAUCCAAAACCUAGGCAAGGACGCUACCGUCUUGGCUCCUCAGUCUGAUCCCAACGGCCUCAUCCAGUGCACUGUUACGCGCAAGGGCAACAAGUCCAAGCUGUAA